GUCGAUAUGCCUUGGCCAGCCGCGGCGCGCGCCCGCACUCGAGCAGCAGCAGCAGCAGCAGCAGCAGCGCGCGCGCAUCUCAGGAGAGACGAUAGGGCAUCUGCAGGAGUCUGAGCGAACCUGGAAUGACGCCAUGAGCUGGUAUUAUGUAUGAUAGAGAUGAUGUUUUGGUAGGAUCCGCCACCGAAGGCUGCUGUGGGCAUCGCGCGAGGAACCUGACCACGACCAUGAAGCUGCUGCUUGUGGUGACACUUUUAUGUCGCGAGGCGUUGUGCGGCUCUCCGAGCGUCCAGAUCGGUGGUUUAUUCCCCAGGGGGGCAGACCAGGAGUAUAGUGCAUUCAGAGUUGGCAUGGUUCAGUUUGGGAUGGCAGAUUUCAGACUGACUCCACACAUAGAUAACCUGGAGGUCGCCAACAGCUUUGCUGUCACUAACUGCUUUUGCUCCCAGUUUUCUCGAGGUGUCUACGCCAUUUUCGGCUUCUAUGACAAGAAGUCGGUUAACACCAUCACAUCCUUCUGUGAGACACUUCAUGUCUCCUUCAUCACGCCUUCUUUCCCAGCAGAAGGAAUGAAUCAGUUUGUUCUGCAGAUGAGGCCAGAUAUCAAGGGGCCACUAGUUUCAUUAGUGGAGUACUACAAAUGGGAAAAGUUUGCCUAUCUAUACGACAGUGACAGAGGUCUUUCUACGCUUCAGGUAAUACUAGACACUGCAGCAGAGAAAAAAUGGGUUGUCACAGCAAUAAAUGUUGGCAACCUGAAAGAUGAGAGCAAGGACGAAGCCUACCGCUCCCUGUUUCAGGAUCUGGAGAUCCGUAAGGAGCGACGCAUUAUCUUGGAUUGUGAACAAGACAAAGUGAAAGACAUAAUGGAACAGGUGAUCACUAUAGGCAGGCAUGUGAAGGGAUACCACUAUAUCAUCGCUAACCUGGGCUUUGUAGAUGGGGACCUCUCUAAAAUCCAGUAUGGAGGUGCAAAUGUGUCUGGCUUUCAGAUAGUCGAUUUUGAUGAUCCAGUGGUGGCCAAGUUUGACCAACGAUGGGAGGCUCUGGAAGAGAAGGAGUAUCCUGGAGCUGAUACACGGAUCAGAUAUACCUCAGCCCUCACCUUUGAUGCUGUUCAUGUGAUGACCGAGGCGUUCCGCUUCCUUCACAAGCAGAGAAUUGACAUGAGUCGUCGUGGCAACAGUGGGGACUGCCUAGCCAAUCCAGCAGUGCCCUGGGCCCAGGGGGUGGAGAUUGAACGUGCCCUCAAACAGGUGCGUGUAGAUGGCUUAACGGGUAACAUUCAGUUUGACCAGUAUGGGAAGAGAAUUAACUACUCAGUGACAGUCAUGGAACUGAAGAACAAUGGGCCUGUAAAGAUUGGGUAUUGGAAUGAGGUGGAUAAGAUGGUGGUGACAAAGACAGACCUAUACCCUAAUGACACCAUGGGAAUGGAAAACAAGACAGUCGUCGUUACAACCAUACUGGAAGCGCCCUAUGUGAUGCUGAAGAAGAAUGCUGAGCUGUUUCAAGACAAUGAUCGCUAUGAAGGUUACUGUGUUGACCUGGCUGCUGAGAUUGCAAAGCACUGUGGUAUACGCUACCAGCUAAGGAUUGUGGGAGAUGGCAAAUAUGGAGCAAGAGAUGCAGAAACCAAGAUCUGGAACGGUAUGGUUGGAGAGCUGGUGUAUGGGAAAGCAGAUAUAGCAGUUGCUCCACUGACGAUCACUCUUGUUCGUGAAGAGGUGAUAGAUUUCUCCAAACCCUUCAUGUCUUUGGGAAUCUCCAUCAUGAUCAAAAAGCCACAGAAAUCCAAACCAGGGGUCUUUUCCUUUCUGGACCCACUGGCCUAUGAAAUCUGGAUGUGCAUUGUCUUUGCCUAUAUAGGAGUUAGCGUUGUACUCUUUCUGGUAUCAAGAUUCAGUCCCUAUGAAUGGACGCUAGAGGAGCCAGAAGAUGGAGCUCUCCCGCUGACAACUGAAUCCACCAAUGAGUUUGGGAUCUUUAACUCCCUGUGGUUCUCUUUGGGUGCUUUCAUGCGGCAGGGUUGUGAUAUCUCACCAAGGUCUUUGUCAGGUCGUAUAGUGGGGGGGGUGUGGUGGUUUUUCACUCUGAUCAUCAUCUCAUCCUACACUGCCAAUCUGGCUGCCUUCCUGACAGUGGAGAGGAUGGUUUCUCCCAUUGAAAGUGCUGAAGACCUGGCUAAACAGACUGAGAUAGCAUAUGGAACUCUGGACUCUGGAUCCACCAAGGAGUUCUUCAGACGCUCUAAAAUUGCCUUGUUUGACAAGAUGUGGCAAUACAUGAAAUCAGCAGAACCCUCUGUGUUCGUCAAAAAAACAUCAGAAGGUGUCCUGCGUGUCAGGAAGUCGAAAGGGAAGUACGCCUACCUGCUUGAGUCCACCAUGAACGAGUAUAUUGAGCAGCGGAAACCCUGUGACACCAUGAAAGUGGGAGGAAACCUGGACUCCAAAGGCUAUGGCAUUGCUACACCCAAAGGAUCCCCAUUAAGAGUGCCAGUAAACCUUGCCGUAUUGAAACUGAAUGAGCAAGGGACCCUAGACAAGAUGAAAAACAAGUGGUGGUACGAUAAAGGAGAGUGUGGCUUCAAGGAUUCCACCAAUAAGGAGAAGACCAGCGCUCUGUCUCUCAGUAAUGUAGCGGGAGUCUUCUACAUCUUGGUUGGAGGUCUGGGUCUGGCCAUGAUGGUUGCACUGGUAGAGUUCUGCUACAAGAGCCGUGCUGAGGCCAAAAAAAUGAAGAUGAAAUUCACAGAUGCGAUGCGCUCCAAAGCUCGUCUAUCCAUCACAGGAUCAACAAGUGAGAAUGGUCGUGUCCCGGUGGCUUACCUCCGUCCAGGAUUACCCAUGAGCCUCAGCAUGACUGAUCUCUCCUGACCAUGUCUGAGCCAGUGCCUUACAGCCAAUGGACACACAUCAUCCCUUCCCCUCAGAAAGUGAAUGGAAAUGCGUGUCAACUCCUGUGGUGACCAAACACCAUGGGUGAUUCUCCCUGAUUUUCAAUAUGGAGUUUAGCCAAUUAUAUCUUUCUGAGGACCCCUGAUCACACUCUUUAUCAUCUAGCCUAGCUUUCUAGGCUAGGGGUUGUCCUCUCACGACUUGGCUUUCAGGCUUUAGCAAAGACCUGCCCACCCACAAACUGAAUCACUCACCAUCAGUGAGAAAGAUGGCUGGUCAUGGAAGAAUUCAUUCAAAACAAUCAAGCACAGUGGACAGUUUUCUAAACAAACACACCGUAUUGUUUUUGAGAUUUUUGUCAUGGAGGCUUCUCUUGUAUAGAAAAUAAGGACAAACUUAAUGGCAGACUUAAUGCAAUAACAACAUUAAUCAGGGAUGUGAUCGGGAAUUGCAGAUAUAAAUGCAGAAUCUUGGUUGACAUAAGUGCAAGCGGUAUUAGUGGAAACAGAAGUCUGGAAAUAUCACAUUUGUGAAAUAAUAAAAAACAGUAGUUAUUGUGUGAUAGCAGAUAAUGAUAAAUUAUGUUAUUGCUCCUAAUUGUUUUCCUUAUAUCUGCCUGAAAAUCCCUAAUUAGUAGAGACGUUAACCUAAGUGAUGCAUGGACUUACACACACACACACACACACACACACACACACACACACACACACACACACACACACAAAACAAUCACAGUCACCAUUAUAAGAAACACAUGCACCCAACACAGGGAUGGGCAAAAACAAGCAAAAAUGUAUGUUGAUACAGAAUAAUAACACUUUAUUGUGUGCCCCCCUGUGGAUAUCUGACAUCUGACUUUGGUCAACUAUUCUGACAUCUAGUGGUAGCAUAAAAAAUAAAAGACUAGUUUAAAAGUCAUCAUAUCAUUACAGUGUUAUAUGCAUGACAGCAUUCAAUGCAAACAUGCAUUGAAUGCUGUGAUCCUACCCUGUCACUGAAGUUACGUAGUGCAGAAACAAGAAACUGUACCAUCACAAUGAUUUUAAAGCUUUUAUUUUAAUGUAAAUAAGUUACACAAUGCUGCUUUAAUGAACUUCGCUACACUGCUCAUAGAUAAACUAAAUGAUUGAACGACAGCCAAAAAUACAGAAACUGCACAAAUAUGUGGUUAUUUGAUAGCAUUGUUAGCAUUUGGUUCUUAGUGUUUCUUAGUAUUUUUACUUGGCUUACAACUUACAGUAUCCUAUUAACAUGUUUUGUAGUGUCUUAAGUGUUUCUGUAUAUGCUUUUUACUCACUACUUUACGAUAUCCUCUUAUUUAUGGGGAGCUUAACAAUCAAAAUUAUUAUUUAAGCUGUGCACGCAUCUCUUCUACAGAUUGUCAGAUAUUGUAUAGGAAAAGUGCAGCCAUCGUAUGAAGUCAGCUACAUUAUUUUUUCUUGUCCAAUCCUUGUCAGCAUUAGAGUUAUCACAUUACUUUAAUGAGAUAUUACCUUGCAGAGGGUCAACCCCAGAGGACAAAUACUGGACAUACUGUAGAUUUAAUGUCACACACAGUAGUGUUUGUGAGUAACAAACCAACUGGGGGUUCCAUCCUGGUGACUCCCAGCCAUGGGUCACGCUCGUGACAAGGGAUGUCUCCCUUGUCAGUGAAAAAAAAGGAGCGUGACCCAUCGUGGGUUGGCAGAAACAUGCAGUAUUGCAAGUUGUCACAGGCCAGGUCAGUCUUGACUCAUGUCAACACUGAUGGUGAUUUGGGCAAAACAGAACUUGAUAUGACCUUCAAAUGGAAAUUUGCUGCUGGCAACCGAAAUUGAUAUUUACAGUCAACUGAGUCUGUGUUCAGAUCAAAUGCUAAAUAAUACUGCAUUUGUCUGAAACAAAUACAACAAGUACCAGAACACAACAGGUCCCAGCAGCGUACCUGGCCUCAGGUCGGUCUUAGACCAUUUUGCUGUGUAAGGGGACAUACUCAAACCAAGAAGUUUGGUUAUUUUGAAAUCUAAUUUUAUAGGAAAUUUCUCUUUCUCUGUUAGUCUGCCUGUUAAAGUUCAGACUUCCCAAGAGCUAAAGUAGCUUGAAUUUCAGUUCACACAGAUUAAAAAGAAGAAGUACAUGGUAAUAGUUGGCAAUGCUGAAUUUCUAAGUUGACAGUCAUAAUGAACACAUUGUCAAUGUUAAUUUCUUCAGUUUUUUUUUAAAUGAGAUGCUCCAAGCUAUUUUUUUCAAUAGUCAGUAUUUCAAUAGUGGUCUUCUCCUUUGUUAUAGAAUUCAAGAGAUAAAAGGCGAUAUAACUCAAUAUAUUCUUUUCCAAUUUGUUGCCAAUGUGGCUGGUGAUGGCUGUUUUUUUUAGACCACUCAGGCACAGUUGCAUAAACAUGAGAUUUUUCUGUUGGAAUCUGUACAGAUUGGCUCAUAAAACUCCACAGUAUCGCAGCUAUCUGUGACUACUGACUAAAUACUACUAAGUACUUGUGCUACUACUACACUGGCAGGAGUUAACAACAUGAGCAUCCUUACUGAAAAGGUUUCUUUUGCAUGCAAGACCAGGGCUGGUAUGAAAAUGUGUUCUCAUGGUAGGUUGAGGUGUUACAUAACUAGAAUUUGAAUUAGAAUUUUCACAAAAUGCUGAAUUUAAAUGAUUUUACCCAGACAUCAUGAAGCCUCCACUUCCCCCUUAGGGUUAGGGUUAGCUAUUGAUGCAGCAUACCAGUACAGCAUAGACUUUCACAAAGGUCUAAUAUUGUUGGCUUGUUAAGUUUCAUUUCAUACUUUGAAAAGAACUGUCAACACUUAUAAAGAACACUUUCUUCAAGGGCUAAUGUGGUAGUGACUUACAUUAUAGUGAUACAUAUGAGAAAUUCUGCCCAUCCCUGUCAGCACACCAAAUACAGCAACAUAUAUACUUAUACAUCCCAAAUCACAAAAACAGUGUAUCACAGUCAUAGAUAAUGAUAGGUGAACCACACCUCUACCAUACAUGUGCACACACACAUACACAUAGUACUGUCUUACGAGUUCUGAAGCCAACUGGAUGAUGUGCCAAACAUACUGAGAACCAAUCAGAGCUCUCCAUGCUCAGCCAAUGGCAGCUGCUGAUACUGAAAACUGAGCCAAUAGGAGCUCUCACUGCUGUGAGGUGGAAACAAAACUGUGAACAAAAAAAACCUUCUUAAAUAAAAAUAGAUAGUGAUGAAGAUGAGAAGAAUGAAGACGAGGAGGACGCAGAGAGGACGCAGAGAGCACGAGGAGAACGUUUGCAUGUCACUUUCAGUUUUUUGUUUUUUGUUUUUUUCCAGAUAAACUUGUCAGCCUGAAACUUUGCACCUGGCUGCAUUUUAGUGAUUAAUAACAAUAGUAUUAAGAAUAAUAUCAACAGUAUUAAUUGCCGUAUUAAUGUGGUUCUUGUUAUGUAUAGUGUAUGCUUUUAAGAACUCAAGUCUGCUUUUUUCUUUCACCAAGAAGCUGUUAUUUGUGCUGCUAGUUAGAAGCUAGCUGGUUAGUGAAAAGCUUCUCCCACAACUUAAUAAACGCCCAAGGUGUGAUACAGGCCAGGUAAAGUCAAGCUGAAAAUGAAAAGGUAUCUGCUUCCAUUUAUCCUCAUGAACUCAUACUUGCAAUGACCACAUGUUGUAAUUAUCAUGAGAUUUUCAUGUUGUUAUAAUCAAGUUAUAAUGAGUUACCAUGGAUGGCUCCCAAACAUGGCAGCCACUAAGAGAAAUGUGGGAAAUUAUCAUUCUUCACUUGUGACAUGACUUCAUUUUCUAUUAAACUUGAAAAUUUUCACCAAAACCUUGCAAUUUGCUUUUCAACUGAGGAAAGUACCGUAAGUAUUGGAUAAACUGAUUGAAAAAAAAAAAAAAUCAGUGGGUUAUUUAUAUCAUACUACAGUUUGAUUGAUUGUUUCACUGCAAUAUGACCAUUUUCAGGAUGUUUUAAAACAUUUCUGCCUUCAAAGUGUUACCCUUAAAAAAACACAGAGACACUAAACACUCUGAGUGGACUGUACUCAGAUGAAAAACAACUGGAUUUGAAAUUUGCUCAUUUUGCUUAAAACUUGUGAUGCCUUGAGUCAGAGCCAGAAUCCCUUUGGACAUGUGCUGUUAAAUUAGUGGUGUCACUGACCAGAGACUGGAGUUCACAUACUUUUGAAGACAGAACAACUGAAGUGUCUGUUAAUCAUCCAUGUAUCAUUCAUUCAUUCAUUCAUUCAUUCAGUUAUUUAAUUUGAUCUGGCAAAUGAAAAAAUGUGAAAGUGUUGUUUAUUCAUUGACUCCUAUAUCCACCAU